AUGAGGAGAGCGCAGACCUUGAGCCUCUCGGCGACGACGUUGAGCCUGUUGGCGGUGACGUUGGGCCAGGUCGGGGCUACGGUAAGAGGUCCCAUUCAGGACGCCAUUCAGAGCGGUGCAGCGGCCGACUACAACCGCGAAGACUGCGUCUGGAGACGCGGGAACGACCGGGACUCCUGUCCGGACCCCGACGUCCACGUGUACCUGCACACGAAGGGGAACCCCAGGAGGCAACUGGACGUCUCCCAGUCCGACUGGCUGAGGCGUCCCGACUACGAGCCCCAGAACGAGAACAUCAUCCUGAUCCACGGCUACGCGGGCGGCGACGACACCCUGCCCAUCGCGGUCCUGAGGGACGCCUACGUCAAGAACGGCAGCUACAACGUCUUCCUGGUGGAUUGGGGCAAGUUGUCCGCUGCGCCCUGCUAUCCGGCAGCAGUGGCCAACCUGAGGCCGGUUGCCAGGUGCCUGGCAGGCACCCUGACCGCCCUGAGGAACUUUGGCCUGCAGAUCCCCAGGACCACCUGCGUGGGACACUCCUUGGGGGCCCAUCUCUGCGGCAUCGUCGCCAACUACUUGCUCUUCAGGAUGCACAGGAUCAUCGGCCUGGACCCUGCCAGGCCCUUGGUCAGACCUGGACUGGUUAAUCGGCUGGACAGUGGCGAUGCCGAAUUCGUCCAGGUCAUUCAUACCAAUGCUGGGUAUUACGGGGAGACCGGACGCGUGGGCCACGUCGAUUUUUGCGUCAAUGGCGGAAAGGUGCAGCCCUUCUGCGAGAACAGGAGGAACGAACAAUUGUGUAGCCACGUUUGGGUGGUUUGCUAUAUGGCCCAGAGUAUCGACGGAGGAAAGGACAUGGUUGCCGAUGCCUGCUCCAGGAGGUGUCCCUCUGGACCCAGGAUCACGCAGAGGACAAACGAAGUGCUGAUCAUGGGCCAGCACACUCCGUCCGGGUCUAGAGGCUCCUUCUGUCUCACUGGCUACGAUCCACCGUAUUGUCCUAAGUAUAAUCGGGGUCGUGGAGACGAGAGGUGCUGUCUUUGAUGUGCCGAUUCGACCUGACAUUCGCCAUGAUUGAUACCAGUUCAUUCCAACUGGAUGUCCCAUCCAAAAACUGGGAAUGGAACGAUGAGGA